CUCUUUCUUCAGCUUGCCUCAGCAUCUCUGAUCUCACUUCUCCACCCACCAACACUACCAAAAUGGCAUUCGCUGGAAGAUGGGAAACCGAGACCCAGGAGGGAUACGACGCCUUCUGCAAGGUGCUAGGCAUUCCAGAUGAUGUCAUCGAGAGGGGCCGUGACUACAAGUUGAUCACAGAGGUCACCCAGGAUGGCAACGAUUUCACCUGGACCCUCUUAUAUCCUGCCAAUGCCAAGGUCACCAACAAGUUCACUAUCGGCAAGGAGGCCGACAUGGAGACCAUUGGAGGAAAGAAAUUCAAGGCUACAGUACAAAUGGAAGGAGGCAAGAUAAGCGUGACCUUCCCCAACUACCACCACACCUCUGAGAUCAGUGGUGGCAAACUCAUCGAGACCUCCAAAGCCGGCUCUGUAGUGCUGAAGAGAAUCAGCAAGAAGAUCUAACUCUCCUCUUUAACAGUUACAACGGAGACCUUGGAACAAUAUUUGUGUUAAUUAAUAAACUAUGGUCAUCGUGCCAACUUGAA